AAACCCAAUCGAACCCGGGAGAGAGAAAUCUAUUUAAGCAACUAGCAAUCGCGCUCUUUGUUAUUGCACGAUUUCACUCGCGUUGUCGUUUCCCAUAAAAAAAACCCAAAAUAUGGCUAGUUGACUAAAAGUAUUACGAUAUAAAUAUAUUUUUUUAGGAAGCAAACGUAGUUUUUUCUACUGAUUUUUAACUAGUUUCUGCAUGGUGGAGGCCGAGGCGUUUUGUUGUCGGAUAUAGUUUUUGUGCUGUAAGAUUCGACGCGAUGCGUGUGUGUGCGAGCUAAUUUAGAGUGAAAACAUUGCCUUUUGUUGUCGUUGCUGUUCUCCGUUGCCACCGCAUCCAGCGGCAGAGUAUCGAAGCCCAAGCCCCAAAACUAGUCGGUUCUUCGGUUCCCAAAAGCGCGGGCCCCACUACGCUUGUGUUCUCUCUCGCGAGUGCGUGUGUUUCUAGCGUGCACGUGUGCGUGUGUGCACCAGGAAUUCCUGAUCCAACUGCCGCCCUCCCCGAAAACGCAGUUGCCUUACAAACACAGUCUGGACCGAGCCCGUUGCUAGCAUCACAGAGACGUCAAGCGGAAGCGACAUCACAAUGGCCAUCCUACUGCAAGAAGCCCAGGAGUGGUACCGGGACCUCAUGGACAACAAGAGCGAUCCCCGCGUCAACGGCUUCUUCCUGCUGUCCUCGCCACUGCCCACCCUGGCGAUGUGCAUAUUCUACGCCUACUUCAGCAAGUCCUUGGGACCGAGGCUGAUGGCCAAGCGGAAGCCGAUGGAGCUGCGGACGGUGUUGGUCGUCUACAACGCGAUACAGACCAUAUUCAGCGCGUGGAUAUUCUACGAGUACUUAAUGAGCGGAUGGUGGGGCCACUACAGCUUCAAGUGCCAGCCUGUCGACUACAGCACCAGUGGCUUGGCCAUGCGGAUGGUCAACAUCUGCUGGUGGUACUACAUAUCAAAGUUCACCGAGUUCUUCGACACCCUCUUCUUCAUUCUGCGGAAGAAGAACGAGCACGUCUCCACACUGCACGUCAUCCACCACGGCUGCAUGCCCUUCUCGGUCUGGAUGGGUCUCAAGUUUGCUCCAGGCGGCCACAGCACCUUCUUCGCCCUCCUCAACUCGUUCGUGCACAUCGUGAUGUACUUCUACUACAUGAUCGCCGCGAUGGGCCCGAGGUACCAGAAGUACAUCUGGUGGAAGAAGUACCUGACCACCUUCCAAAUGGUGCAAUUCGUGGCCAUCUUCACACACCAGUUCCAGCUGCUGUUCCGCGAGUGCGACUACCCCAAGGGAUUCAUGGUCUGGAUCGGGCUGCACGGCGUCAUGUUCCUGUUCCUGUUCUCCGACUUCUACAAGGCCAAGUACCUGAAUGCAGCCCGCCGUCGCCGCCAGGCUGUCAAGGCCAAUGGCCAGGCCAACGGCCUGCACUCCAACGGUCACUCCAAGCACCUCGGAGAGGGCGACGCACUGCUAACCAACGGCAGCAAUACGGGGGCAUGCAUGCCCGUGAUGGAGGACGAGUACGUGAAGAGCAACGGGCAUGCCAACGGAGGGUUUAAGGACGGAUUCUUCAAGGAGGGCGGCGUGUUAUCCAACAACGAUGCCAUCUUCAACCCGGACAGCAGUAGUUCUAGUCUGCACCAGCGCAAAGUCAAAUAACUACUGAUUAGGUGUACUACGAUGAUAUUCAUUAUGUUUAUGUUAAGUGUUUAGCGUGUAAAACUGAACCAGAUUGAAGAACAAGACCAACAAGAACCUUGGCAGAAGUAGCAGACGCAGUAUUUGGUACCAUAGCAAGGCAAAUCAGGAGAACUCGGUUUAUGAAUUGUUUUUAGUAAUUUAUAUUUUACGUACGGAAAAUACAUGAAUCAGUUAUGUCAAAAGUCCCUCGGAUAAGCCGAAUCUUACCGAACAAAGGCCACCUAUGCCCACCACCCACCCGAACCGUCAACUAAAGCUAAGCAGGACAAGCGGCGGCAGCACAAACUAAGAGAUAAUCAAGUCCUUUUUGAUAGAGCACCCGUUUACAAGUCCCCUUUCGAACACACAGAUCCAAUCACUCGCGCCCAGAGGAAACCUAUUUUUGAACAAUAUUUGUAGCCAUUGAAGCGUAUUCUAGAUAACGUCAGAUACCAUCUAUUCACCUAAUCAGUGCAUACUCACUCUCAGGGGCGGACGCAGGGGGGGUGUUUGGGGGUCCGGACCCCCCCCAAAAUCGCAGACUUUUCAAAUUCCCUUACAGCACACGGCCUUUCAACCAUAUAAACUAAAAAUUUUAUUGACCGGACCCCCCAAACGAAAAAAUUUUUCGACCGGACCCCCCAAAAUUUUUUUCUGCGUCCGCCCCUGCUCACUCUAGUUGUAGACUUUUUUACGGCAAUUUUUUGAUAACAAGUCGAGACGUUAAAGCUAACCAUGCUCUCUUAAGUCUGCUUUAAACUUAAAGAACACGUUAUACUAUUUGUAGCUUGUUUUGUAUAUUGAGAGAAGGAAGGAAAGUUUGUUGCAAUACUUUGUAAAGGUCUAAUAGUAAAACUUAUUUAUACUGUAGCUAGCUAGCCAAUUGCAAAAUGUAACGCGACUCCGACCUCCACCCUCGCCUUCUAGGCAACUUAACGACUAAUCUAAUCGGACGAUAGGGCGAUAGGACGGACGGAUAUAGUCAGGCAAAAGACCAACAAAGAACAGAUAGAGUUAAAGCUUUUAUACUGUAAGUGCAAAACGGCUUAAGGAGCAGACAAUCAGUUUAUGUGGAAGAUGGAUUUUUGUGAGUCCAAGAAAAAGCUGUCUACUAUUCACAUUUCAUUGAACCUCGUUUUGGUGUGGCUCAUAGAUGAUACUUUAUUACUACUUAUACAAUAUCCGAUUCCCUGUUCCCACUUUUGGUUUGAAGUUGUUAAACGGUUUGUUUCAAAGACGUAAGAAGUGUUUGUGACGAAUUAUUUGUAAGUGUAAUUCAGUCUGUUAAUCUGUGCGUAUUGGUUUCAUUGUUAAGUUAUGUGGUUUAAGCUGACAAGUUCAAAAACUAUGGAAAAUCUGAAUAAAGCUUAUUAAUUUAUACUAA